AAUCCUCGACCGUUUAUCAAAGGAGGCUGUGGGCGAAGCAGACGACCGCCCCUUGAAUUAGAGGCAAUCUCUCAACUUUCUCCCGGCAGUUGUUCAGCCGCUGAAGCUGCGGCAACAAUUGUCUCUAAAAUGUGCUUCUUCCGAUGAGUUGGAGGGAACCGUUUAACUUUCUCUGCACUCAGACAUGUAUUCAGCAAAGCUGCUACUGAUGCUGGCUGCCAGGAUCUAUGCAGACAGCUUAGGGACACCAGGAGCUGGCUGCACCUUUAAUGAAGACUCAGAUUCCGGCUUAUGUCAAUACUAUCAGGGUCAAGAUGAUGACUUUGACUGGGAAAACUUCAAGACCUUCAACUGGCCACACCCAACAGAUGACCUUCUGUCUGGGUCCUUCAUGAUGGUCAAUUCCUCACAGCAUCAUCGGGGGCAGAAAGCACGGCUGUACCUGCUCCCUUUAAAGGAGAAUGACACCCACUGCAUACAAUUCAGCUACUAUCUGUACAGCCGUGUUGGCCAUAGCCCUGGAACUCUGCAGGUCUACAUCCGGGUCAACAGUGGUCCCUUGGGCAGCGCUGUAUGGAAUGUUUCUGGCUCACAGGGUCAACAGUGGCAGCAGGUGGAGCUGGCAGUCAGCAUAUUCUGGCCCAGUGAUUACCAGGUCAUCUUUGAAGCUAUUGUUUCGGAUGAGGAACAGGGUUAUAUUGCUUUGGAUCACACUUUGCUGCUCAAUUAUCCUUGUUACAAGGUGCCUAAUUUCUCUCGGCUUGGAGACGUUGAGGUAAAUGCUGGGCAGAACUCCUCUUUUCAGUGUGUUGCCACAGGCAAAGUCUCAGAGACAGAGCGGUUUGUGCUUGAGCGAAGAAACGGCGCAGUGCUUCACCCCUCCUUGCUGUCACGGUUGAGCCACAAUCGGCUGGUGUCCACUUUUCAAAUCGAGGCGCAGCGUGGAGAGCAAGACCUAUACCGCUGCAUCGCUCUGUCCCCGAGAGGUGCAGCCGUCUCCAACUUUGGAGAGUUCAUUGUCAGAGCCCCCCCCACACCGGUUGCUCCCCCCCAACUGCUGCAUGCAGGGUCUACAUACCUGAUCAUUCAGCUCAACACCAACUCUAUAGAUGGAGAUGGACCAGUCAUACGGCGAGACAUCCAAUACCAUGCAAGUCAGUCGACUUGGAUAGAGACUUAUGUGGUGAACUCGCUUACUUACAAGGUUUGGCACCUGGAGCCAGACACAGAGUACUACAUCAGCGUUGUGCUAACCCGCCCCGGGGAGGGGGGCACUGGAGCACCAGGACCACCACUGGUCAGCAGAACAAAGUGUGCAGAGCCCAAGCGUGCCCUGCGUGACCUCACGGCGACAGAGAUCCAGCCACGUUUUUUGGCCCUUCAAUGGGAGCCAGUAGGCUACAACCUCACACGUUGCCACACAUAUUCACAGUUUCUCUGCUACCGCUACACCAUGGCGACAGGGAACGGCGGGGGAAACAAUGCCACCAUAAAAGAUUGCCUGUUGGUGGACAGCAAUAGCUCUCAUUUUACACUGAGGGACCUGCCACCUUUUCAUGUGAUUUAUGUAAGCCUGGCACUGGCCAACCCAGAGGGCAAGAAGGAGAGCCGGGAAGUUACCUUCCAGACAGACGAAGAUGUUCCUGGAGUCAUUGCUUCAGAGUCUUUGACCUUCACUCCAAUGGAUGACAUGAUCUUUCUUAAAUGGGAGGAGCCUGCGGAACCCAAUGGCCUAAUCAUGCAGUAUGAGAUCAGUUACCAAUGUGUUGAAUCUUCGGACCCUGGCAUAAAUACACCUGGUCCUCGACGCACCCUAUCCAAACUGAGAAACGAAACCUACCAGAUAUUCUCUGAUCUGCACCCAGGAGCUACGUACCUGGUUUCUGUUCGUGCCCGGACUGCCAAAGGAUUUGGCCAAACUACCAUUACAGAAAUUACCACCAACAUAUCUGCCCCUUUAUUUGACUUUGAAGACAUCCCGUCUCCACUGAGCGAGUCAGAGAGUACCAUCACUGUGCUGCUGCGCCCUGCCCUGGGGAGAGGAGCACCCGUCAGUGCCUAUCAGGUGGUUGUGGUGGAAGAAGAUGGCUCCCGCAAGGUUAGAAGAAGGGAGUUGGGCAACGUGGACUGUUUCCCCACUGCAAACACGUACAGCGAUGCCCAGGUCAAAGGUGCACCACAUUACUAUACAGCUGAGCUGGCCCCUAGCAGUCUGCCCGAAGCCACACCAUUCAUCGUGGGAGACAAUCACACCUACAAUGGCUACUGGAACAGUCCUUUAGACCCUACAAAGAAUUACCUCAUCUACAUCCAGGCUACAAGCACAUUCAAAGGGGGAACCAGGAUAAACUGCGUCCAAAUUGCUCGCAAAGCUGCCUAUAAGGACUCCAAGAGAACACUAGAGGUAUCCAAGCAUGUUGAGGACAUUGGUCCAAUCCUGGGAGCCUGUGCUGGAGGUCUAAUAGUCAUCACUCUCCUCCUAUUGGGCAUCAUCAUCAUUGUGAAAAAGAGAAUGGACUUCUAUUUUUACCCUUAUAAUCCGAGAAAGAAGGUGGCCAUAAACAAGGCAGCCCUGUCCUACAUGCGGGAGAAGAGUUGCAAACUGAGCCCUUUGGAUUGCCAUAUGACUGAGCAGAGCACCCUCCAACACCACGAGAAGAUAAUUCGCCCCUUAAUGGACACCAAGGGCUGCAUCACUCGAUAUGAACACCUUAGCUCCUCCACUGAAUCCAGCAGCUUAUUGGGAAGCUCACCCCAGCAUCACUGUCAGAGAAGGAGUUCACCUUAUCACACAGGUCAACUCCACCCAGCGGUGAGGGUGGCAGACCUCCUUCAGCACAUCAACCACAUGAAGACAUCUGAAGGAUACGGCUUCAAGCAAGAGUAUGAGAGUUUUUUCAAUGCACGGGAUGUCAUUAAAAAGAAAGACAAGACCAAAGGACGAUGUGACAACCUGCUCGGCCCGGAUCGGCGACUCAAGCUCCUUUCUCUCCUGGCAGAUCCUGACUCAGAUUAUGUCAACGCAAACUACAUUGAUGGCUACCAGCGAUCCAACCACUUUAUUGCCACUCAAGGCCCCAAGCAGGAGAAGAUCUAUGAAUUUUGGAAAAUGGUUUGGCACGAGAAUUGCUUCAGCAUUGUUAUGCUUACCAAACUGGUUGAAGUCAAUAGGAUGAAAUGCUGUAAAUACUGGCCCGAUGACAUGGAAAUGUAUGGUGACAUUAAAGUAACACUACUGAAGACAGAAACCCUGGCAGAGUAUACGGUCCGCACCUUCGCCGUGGAGAGGAGAGGUUACCCUGCCAAACAUGAGGUGUGCCAGUUCCACUUUACUUCCUGGCCUGAGCAUGGCGUGCCCCAUAAUGCCACUGGCUUGUUGGCUUUCCUCCGUCAAGUCAAAGCCUCAACCCCCCCCGAUGCCGGACCUGUUGUUGUCCACUGCAGUACGGGGGCAGGUAGGACAGGUUGCUACAUUGUGCUGGAUGUCAUGCUGGAUAUGGCCGAAUGUGAAGGAGUUGUGGACAUCUACAACUGCGUUAAGACCCUUUGCUCCCGUCAUAUAAACAUGAUCCAGAAUGAAGAGCAGUACGUGUUCAUCCAUGAUGCCAUCCUUGAGGCUUGUCUUUGUGGGGAAACCUCCAUCCCUGUGUCAGAGUUUGCUCUGACCUACAAAGAAAUGCUGAAAGUUGAUUCUCAGAGCAACACAUCACAACUGAAAGAGGAAUUUCAGACUCUGAACUCUGUCACCCCUCACCUGGAUGUAGAGGGCAGCAUCUCUUUGAUGCCAACGAAUAGAGAGAAGAACCAGAGUAUGGACAUUCUGCCCCCAGAUCGCUCUCUGGCCACAGAGGGUGAGAGCAGCAACCGUAUCAAUGCAGUGCUUGCCAGCAGCUUCCUCCAGCCUGCUGCCUUCUUGGUGAUGCCACAUCCGCUGCCUAACACCACCACUGACUUCUGGAGGCUCAUAUAUGACUACGACUGUACCUCUGUAGUGAUGCUGAACCAGCUGAACCAAUCCAAUUCUGCAUGGCCUUGUCUUCAAUAUUGGCCUGAGCCUGGAAUACAGCAGUUCGGGUCUGUGACUGUGGAGUUUUUGUCCAGGACUGCAGAUGAGGACGUUAUUAUCCGUCUGUUCCGGAUACAGAAUAUCACACAGCUUCAGAAGGGUCCGCUCCUCAUGAGGCACUUUCAGUUCCUUCGCUGGUCUCCAUAUCGUCAUGUGCCUGAUUCCAAGAAAGCUUUCCUUAGACCUUUGGCUCAGGUUCACAACUGGCAGAGAGAGUGUGGCGAAGGACGUACUGCUGUUCACUGCCUGGAUGGUGGUGGUUGGAGUGGUAUUUUCUGUGCCUGCACCAUAACCUUGGAAAUUAUUCGGCAUCACAGCAUGGUGGACGUAUUCUUUGCUGCAAAAUCACUGCGCAACUCAAUGCCAAACAUGGUGGAGACAAUGGAACAGUACCAUUUCUGCUAUGAGCUGGUCCACGAGUAUCUCAGCUGUUUGGAAGUCAGAUAGCAAAAAAUCUUUUUUUACUGAAUACCUUACCAAGGAAAGGGUCCAGAUCAAGGAUACUGCUUCCUCAGCGUUUUCCUUGCGCCUCAUUUCAUCACUCUUCUGUUUGGAUAUUUUGCCCCCAUGGGAUGAAAACGAGUUCAUCAACCCUAAGGCUCACAGAUUAUAACAUACCAUUCAAAAGAACCCACUCCUGCUUCUCCUCUGCUCCCUGAUUCAAGCCUUCCAGACAAUUGGACUUCAACAGGAGUGUUGUUGAUUUUAAUAAGAUGUCUGUCUAGGUAUCCUGGCUGAGAUCCUCUUUUUCCUGCCAUACUAUUAAUAAACAUUAAAGAAUGAACAGAUGCCAUUUAGUGACUGACCUUUUGUGUUUGUAACACUGUAAAAGGUGCCGUUUGCUGUUUUGUGUUUUGUGGAGUUUGCCUCCAGUGUUGUUCUGUACUGUGGUGAAAAGGAAUGCAGAAUUUUUGUUAAAAGUUGUUUUCACUUAAUUAGUUUCUGCCUUAAUUUUACUUUAUUUAUUUGUAUUUGUGGAUGUUUCUAUUAACUUUUCAGAUAUUUCUAGAUGUUUCUAAAGUCUUAUUAACUGUGCCAGUCUUAAUUGUUUAAUUAUAAUUUGUGACCCAAGUCUACUUCAAUAGCAAAGCGAAGAAUAUGAUGCUCUCUGGCUUUGUUUUAUGCAAUGUAUUUGAUUUUCUAAAUUGUCUAUAAAACAGGGGAAGAAAUAAAAUAUAUGCUUUACAGCA